AUGUCUUCCAAGAAGGAUAUGCGUAGGGCGGAUCUGAUUAUCCCCUAUCAGGAGCCGGCCGCGAAGGCCGACGCCGCCGAAUUCCAGUCGACUAUUUCGUCAACAUUGCCCAUGGCUGCUAUCUUUAUGCGCAACCGCUACAUUGGAUGGGCUGCCGUCGUCUUUGCCGUCCAGAGCUGGCUCGGCGAGAGCGAAGACACCAAGAAGAGCACCAGUACACCCGGAUACUUUUCCGUCGGCAUGUCGUUGAUGUCUCUCGCCGUCACCUACCUCCCGCUCUUCCUUCCCCCGCAACCGGGCAUGCAACAGGGCAGCGUCACCGAUGCCGCUCCUCCUGUCCCUGCCUAA